AUGAUUGAUCCACCAAACCGAAGCAGUGCAUGGAGAAAAGGUUUCGAUACUCCAAAAAAUCACGAUGAUAAUGGCAUUUAUUGUGGUGGUCAUGCUGUUCAAUUCUUGAAGAACAAAGGUAAAUGUGGACCAUGUGGAGACAAUAUUAAACUAACUACACCAAGACCAAAUGAAAACGGUGGAAAAUUCGGAGUUGGCGUUAUUGUUGCGACAUAUUAUGAAUCACAAGAAAUUAAUGUUACCAUUGUCAUAUCAGCAAAUCACAAGGGAACAUUUGAAUUUUCAUUGUGUCCAUUGGAGGAUGAAAAAUCCAUUGAAACUGAAGAAUGUUUUGAUAAAUAUCCACUUAAAUUAUCAACUGGCGAAGAUAAAUAUACAUUGACAAGUAAAGAAACAGGCUUGUAUGAAAUUUCACUUGUUUUACCAGAGGUGCCAGAGUAUGAAGUUGUGCCAAUAUCUCAUUCAAUUGAUGAAGCAAAUGUCUUAAAUCCUUCAAUAAGUUUUCGUGCAUUUGACACAAAUAUUGUUUUAAAUUUAAAUCACGUUGAAGAGCCACUGUUACACAAAAACACACCAAUAUGGUUAACAAGUGGUAACUCAAAAAGUCCAGAAGUGAUUUAUCAACGUGUUGACAAUGAUACAAUUAAUGAUGCAUUUAAAUUUUAUGAAGAUCCAAAUAAUAUGGCUGGAAUUGCCGUUGAACAGGACAUGCAUGCAAAUUUACGUUUUAUGGGAUUUAUUCGUGAUGCAUUUGUAAUUAAACCAGUACCUCAAGGUGUCAUUAACACAUGGAAUGAUUAUUUUAAAAAUGAUAUUAAAUCACGUAUAACAAGAAGUAUAACUAGACCAUUUGUAAGUGAUUUGCAUUUUGUUAUAAAACGAUCACCAUCAGAUGAAGGUUUUUUUGUGCCAAAUGUUGAUAUAAAAAAUAUCACAGAAGAAUUAAAAUUAAAAAGAAGAUCAAGCUUUCCAGAUCGUCCACAAAUAAUUUAUCCAAGAUUAUUAAUUUUCACUGAUUAUGGGCUCGAGUAUACAUCUGAACGUGAAAUAAGAUUUUAUCGUCUUCUUGUUUACCUGAGUGCAUUUUGGAAUGCUGUUAAUUUAAAAUUUAGCCAAUUUGAAAAUCCAAAAAUUAAAUUUCGAAUUGUUGGAAUUGUUGUAGGAAUGAAUAAAUGGGCAAGUCCGUAUAUUUAUGAAAAACGAGUACAUGAAUCAAUUGUUAAUACAGAGGCAUUGAAAUCAUUUGGUUAUUGGGUUAAAAAUAAAAAUCCACCAAUUGAUAGAGAAGAAUGGGACAUUGCAGUAACUCAAACAACUUCUAAAUUUUGUGGUGAUUGGACAUGUCCACAAGCUAAUAUUUUAGGUAUUGCAUAUAUGCAAGGUAAAUGCAAUGAUUGGUAUCCAUACUCAACAAUGACUGCACUGGUACAUGAUAAUCUUGAUUUUACUGGUGUAUUAAUAGCAACCCAUGAAAUUGGACACAUUUUUGGUGCACAACAUGAUAAUACAUUACCAAAAUGUGUAGAUGAUGGUUACAUUAUGGCUUCAUUUGCACAACCUCAUGAAAAUAAUAAUCAUUGGUCAACUUGUAGUGUUGAUUCAAUAAAUAAACAUUUAAGAAGUGUAAUGGAUCAUUGUUAUAACAAACCAAAUGCAGCAAGUGUUAAUGAAAGUGUACCAGCAGUAUUACCUGGUGAUUAUAUAUCACCUGAUGAACAGUGUCGAAGUCAAGGCUGGGAUUGGUCUUGCAAGGUUACACGAGGUAUUUGCAGUGGUUUAAAAUGCUACACUGAAGAUAUUUUUGGCACAUCAAUAUUUGCAUUUUGCCAUAAUUCUGGUGUACCAGUUGAUGGAACUAUUUGUGAUGAUGAUCAUCAUUGUCAACUUGGUUCUUGUGUUUCAAAAAAAUCAUAA